GGCCGCUCUCCCCCUCAGCCGCCCCCGAGGCCCCGCGGGCCCGGCCCCGCUUUGUCCGCCCGGCGGUCCCUCGGUCCGCGGGUCGGUCGGUGUCCGCCCGGGCCGCCCAGCCCCGGCCCGCCCGCCGACGGGUUGCGGGAGGACGCGGCUUUGCCCUACUUUCCGUGGCGGCAGCCCCGGGGAAGCUUCGCCCUGGCCUAGAUCGCUGUCCCCCCCCCCCCCCCCCCCCUCCCGCUCCCCUCUCCGCCCCCCUCCUCUCCCGCUCAGCAGGGCCGCGGGUGCGGGCAGCGCCCACCUGGCUGGGGAGGGGGUGCUCGCUUGGCUCCGGGACAGAUUUUGUAUUUUGUACAUACAUUGUUUUGUAUAUACUGUAUAUGAUGACUUCGGUGGGCAGUGAACGUACCCGGGGCACUCGGGACAAAAUGCAAAUUUCAGCCACACAGCCAACGCAACCACAGAAACAAGUAGUGCAGGCAACGGCAGAACAGAUUCGCCUUGCUCAGAUGAUCUAUGAUAAGAAUGAUGCAGAUUUUGAAGAUAAAGUGAAACAACUUAUGGAAGUGACGGGGAAAAACCAAGAUGAAUGCAUAGUGGCACUACAUGAUUGUAAUGGGGAUGUGAACAGAGCAAUCAACAUACUGCUGGAAGGAAGUUCAGACACGACUUCUUGGGAGACUGUAGGGGGAAAGAAGAAAAGCCUUGGAAAGGAAGGUUCAGAAAACAAAGAGAACAGAGAGAAACGAGGGGACAGAGAAGUGAGUCGCGGACGGGGAAGUUCCAACAGACGAGGAAGAGGAGGCAGCCGUGGACGAGAGUUUAGAGCUGAAGAGAAUGGAGUGGACAACAGUCAAGGAGACAGGCCUUCAGACCGUGGGAAACGUGGUCGUGGGAGAGGGUUUGGACGUGGCAGAGGGAGAGGAGCGGGGAGGUUUUCAGCCCAAGGCAUGGGGACAUUUAAUCCUGCAGACUAUACGGAGUCUUCUGCCACUGAUGGCUUUGGGACAAAGUCAGAGAUCUGGGAGUCUGGUCAGAAUGAUGCAGAUGAUGGAACUGAGCCCACACAGAGUGGAUGUUACCUUGCUCAGGACCUGCCAAAUAAUUUUGGAUUCCAAGGAGCAUGGAAGAACUCAAUAGAAGAAUGGACAGCUGAAGACUGGAAUGAAGAUCUUUCUGAAACAAAAGUCUUCACUGCAUCUUCUGUUCCAGCUGAAAAUCAUGUGACUGCUGGGCAAAGCAUUGAUUUGGUGACACUGCUUCAAAAGCCAGUGACAUCUACCCAAGAGACAGAAGGCAACUCAUUUGAGUCUUCCCAGCAGCAGACCUUUGGCCAAGCCUUAGUAUUCACAAAUUCUCAGCACAGCACUCAGAUGGCAUCAGGAACAGGCAGCUCCAGUGCUGUAAACUCUUAUUCUUCUCAAAGUCUGUCGGCAGUUCUUUGUUCUGGCUUUGGAGAGCUCAGAUCUUCUAAAUUGGCAAACUCUACUGGUUCCCAAAUCUUGGACCAAUUGAAAUCACCAGGAUUGGGUCAGUUUACCUCUCAACAAACCAAUAGCAGUUCUGCCACCACUAGCACAGUUGCUGCGUCAUCUUGGGAUCUAAAACCACCUAGUACUCAGUCCUCAGUCCUCAAUCAGUUUGACUUUAAAUCCCAGCCUGAGCCAUCUCCAGUUCUGAGCCAGCUGACGCAGCGACAGCAACAAAUGCAGGUGGUUCCUGUUCCUCCUCCUGGGCUGGAGUCGUCCUCCUCCCAGGUAAAACUCCAAGAGCCAUCACCAGUAGACACCUCUACAGCUGUUAGCAAAAUAUUACAGCUCCCUUCUAUCUCUAUGGAUAACCAGGCAGUGACUGUUCAUCAAACCCAGCAGAAACAGAUAAAACCACCAAAAAGGAGGAUAACUCCAGCAUCCAAGAUUCCUGCCUCUGCUGUGGAGAUGCCUGGAUCAGCAGACAUAACAGGGUUAAAUGUUCAGUUUGGAGCUCUUGAGUUUGGAUCAGAGCCUACACUCCCAGAGUUUGGAUCAACUUCAAGCAGUGAGAAUACCAACCAGGCGACCAACAAUAGCUUAUAUUCAAAAUCUGUAAAGUAUGUUGAUUCUUUGAAUACCUCUUUGCCAAUAUCCAAUACAGUACAGGAUUCCACCUACACAACAUCUGCCAUCAGCUCUUCCAGUCUGGCCUGCUCAUCCCAGAGCACUAGCCCAGUAACAACUUCCUCCUAUGACCACACUUCUGUGCAUAGCAGGAUAGCGUACCAAAGCUCCAUGGCUCCAUCUGAACCAAACCCUGUUGCAGUUACGAACGGGCACAGUGGUGUUAGGACACAGGCAACACUCGACACUAUUUCAUCAGUUGCAGCACCUAAGACAGAGCCUUCUCCCUCGCUACCUUCAGCUGGUUCUCUGCCCAGUGUGGUGUCUACCACGGCCUCGCUUCUGUCUUCAGCAUCGCAGCACGUGGCAGCAUUGCCCAGCUUGCCUCAGUCCAGCGAUCUGGCCAGCAGCUCACUCUCCCAGCUGAGCAGCUCCCUUUCCAAUCAUCAAACCAGCCUCUCUCCUGCCUCAGUGUUGUCUUCAGGCACAUCACAUGUGCACACUAGUAUUGAGAACACAACUUCGCUCCAGCCCUCAACAACCUUUUCAACUGCUUCAACCUCAGCCACUAGCACCACCUCCUCGGUUGUCAGCAUGGCAAGCAGUAUGAACACUACAAACAGCCUUGGCCUGAGUGUUACCAGUGUGUCUAUACCAGCUGCUACCACACGGGCAGCUCCCUUAGUGUCUUCAGGCAAAGCACCCCCAAACCUGCCCCAAGGUGUACCACCCUUGUUGCAUAACCAGUAUAUUGUGGGACCUGGAGGACUUCUGCCUGCCUACCCACAGAUUUAUGGUUAUGAUGAUCUCCAGAUGCUUCAAUCCAGACUGCCAAUGGAUUACUAUGGAAUUACAUUCCCGGCUCCUGCAACCUUGACAGGCAGAGAUGGGAGCCUUGCUAACAACCCGUACUCAGGUGAUGUAACAAAAUUUGGCCGUGGAGAUACUGCCUCUCCUGCUCCUGCAACCACACUGGCCCAGCCACAGCAGAACCAGACACAGACUCACCACACGACUCAGCAGCCCUUCCUCAACCCGACCCUGCCCCCAGGGUACAGCUACACUGGGCUCCCUUACUAUGCUGGGAUGCCCGGUGUUCCCAGUGCAUUCCAAUAUGGGCCAACCAUGUUUGUCCACAGCUUCCUCAUACUGAGGACUCCAGAGCUGGAGUCAGUAUUCAGGUGGAUUCUCAUUAAAAUGGAAUAUAGUCAGCUUCCCCAGUCUGCAGAGAUCUCCAAAAACAUGCAACGUGAGAAAAUAACUGCAGUCUCACCCAGAAGAAAACAAACAUUUUUAAAGGUACCUCCAGCAUCUGCUAAACAGCACGGAGUCAACCUGAACACGGCAUCGACUCCCUUUCAGCAGACGAGUGGCUACAGCCAGCAUGGCUACGGUGCAGGCUACGAUGACUUAACACAGGGAACGGCAGCUGGAGAUUACAGCAAAGGAGGCUACAGUGGGUCAUCUCAAGCACAAAACAAAUCUGCUGGCACUGGACCUGGGAAAGGUGUUUCUGUGACCUCAAGUAACACGGGUGUGCCUGAUAUCAGUGGCUCAGUCUAUAACAAGACUCAGGUAUUCAGUGUGACUUGGCUUCCUCGUGGGACGUUUGACAAGCAGGGAUUCCAUGCUGGCACUCCGCCUCCCUUCAGCCUGCCUUCUGCUCUUGGAUCCACUGGGCCCCUGAACCCUGGUGCUGCCCCGGGUUAUGCUCCAGCCCCAUUUCUCCAUAUCCUCCCUGCUCAUCAGCAGCCUCAUUCCCAGAUGCUGCAUCACCACCUCCAGCAGGAUGGGCAGGGUGGAUCUGGCCAACGUAACCAACCCAGCACCAUGCAGCAAAAGUCUCAGGCUACCAAAACCGCCUAUGGCACUUCUCCAUACUGGACAAACUAAACCCAAAACCGGGGAGGGGGGAGAGAAUGAAAGGAGAGAAGGAAGGAAGAGAAAAGAGAAGAAAGGAGA